UCGGUCCUGGUUUGAUGAUGACUUUUGGAACUGCUCUUCUGAUCUUCUUGGUCCAGAUACCAAACAGCAUCUCGCAAGGUCCUGAGUGUCUGUGUAAUUCCACCAACAGUCGCUGUGAUCAUACCGGAGUCUGCAGGUGUGACCCCGGGUGGGAGGGGCCUCUGUGUGCUCACUGUGCCCUGAUGCCCGGGUGUGUUCAUGGGUCGUGUGAGUUGCCGUGGCAGUGUGUGUGUGCGGAGGGCUGGGGAGGACGCUUCUGUGACAAAGACCUGCGUGCAUGCCAAAGCGCCCCCUGUCUGCAUGGGGGUAGCUGUGUGAUGGAGGACAGCGGUGACGUUACCUGUCUCUGUGCAGACAGUUACCAUGGUGACCGCUGCCAACUGAGGGCGGGGCCAUGUCACCUGCUCAGAUCUCCGUGCUUAAACGGCGGACAGUGUGAGGAUCAGAGCGGCUUCGCAGACUCGUUCUCGUGCCGGUGUCUCUCCGGGUUCUCGGGCGCUCGCUGUGAGGUCGACGUGGACGACUGUGCGCUGUCGCCGUGCGCUAACGGGGCCACGUGCACGGACGGCGUGAACCGCUUCACGUGCACAUGUGCGUCGGGUUUCAGUGGGAGGUUUUGCUCUGUGAACGUGGACGAGUGCGCCAGUCGGCCCUGCGCCAAUGGGGGGCGCUGUCUGGACCAGGCCAACGGGUACCGCUGCCUCUGUCGCCACGGUUAUGCCGGCCCCACCUGCCUCAGCCGGGCCGCCCCGGCCAAUCACAGCGAGCGCACGCUGAGGGUGACACUGAGCGAGCGCGGCCCCGCCCCCUCUCUGUCGCAGACGCAGGUUGUCACCGUGGUAACGCUCGGCGCCGCCACCGGUGCCUUGGUGACGCUCACGGCGACGCUCGUGCUGCAUAGACACUGUGGCCAUGCCUCCUGCUGGCGGCGCUGGGGGCGGAGCUCCAGGACUGAGAAGGUCUGA